AGGGGCAGCUCUCUCUUCACCGGCACCAUGCCUGCCCUCAGACCGCUUGUGAAGCCCAAAAUCAUCAAGAAGAGGACCAAGAAGUUCAUUCGUCGCCAGUCAGACCGAUAUGUCAAGAUCAAGAGAAACUGGCAUAAACCAAGAGGCAUUGACAACAGAGUGCGAAGACGAUUCAAGGGCCAGAUCUUGAUGCCCAAUAUUGGUUAUGGAAGCAAUAAGAAGACAAAACACAUGUUACCUAGUGGAUUCAGGAAGUUUCUGGUGCACAAUGUCAAAGAGCUGGAAGUGCUGCUGAUGUGCAACAAAUCUUACUGUGCUGAAAUUGCUCACAAUGUUUCCUCGAAGAAUCGGAAAGUCAUAGUUGAGAUAGCAGCUCAGCUAGCCAUCAAGAUUACCAAUCCAAACGCUAGACUGAGGAGUGAAGAAAAUGAGUAA